AUGUCCCUGACAUGCCAAUGGGCAGAUUGCGGAAAAGAAGUCAAAUUCGAGGAGCUCCAUUACCAUCUUGAUGAGCAACAUUGCGUGGAAAAGACCUGCAAAUGGAACGGAUGUGGCAUUGAAGUUCGUCAGAACACCGUCAGACCUCAUCUAAUCUACAGUCACACCACGUAUCGGCCGGCUGAAUGCUCGAAUUGCGAUAAAAAAUUCCACUCGCAUCAGCUGUUGAAGAUCCACGAAAAAGUUGUGCACAACAAAAUGGUGGUAAAUUUUUUUUUUGUUUUCUAUUGUUUCUUGCAAGUUUAGGUCAUAAGUGAACUGUUGAGAUGAUUUAUGUAAUGAUAAGUCGUUCAGGAGACUUGCCUGUGCCCGAUUUUUGAUUGCGUCUACACGGAUCCCGACCUAGAUGGGUUACAAAGACACGCCGUGCGAAAUCAUGGAGCCACUGGACUGAUGGAACUCAACAAGAAUGUCUUCAGCAAGGUAUGAGACAAUUUUUAAGAAUGAAUUUGAAGCUGGAGGGUUCGAAAUUUUUUAUUAUGGGAUGUUUUUUUCCGACGUUGUACUAGGUAAUAAAGAGGAAGAAAAAAAUGUUAAAAAUACAUAGAAAAAGAGUAAAAAUCUUAAUGUUGCAGUAACAUUAAGGACUACAGAACAUGUUAAAAUAAAAUUUUUGGAAAUUUAAGAGCUAUUGAUGUGGGGAAAACGCAAAAAUAUUAUUUUAGGUACCUUUUGAAAAAAAUUCUUAUUAUCCCCCAAAUUUUUAGGAUAUUCGAAAGGUUCUCCCGAAUCACGAUGACCCCAUAGCUAUUGUCAAGCAAUCCCUGUCGACGUUAAUCCAACAGGAAGCCAAUAUAAUUGGGGAGCCGAUAUUAUCCAUGAGCGAUCAGGUGAAAACCUUGGAAAAUAUGUUGGAUACGAUAUCAAAGGACGUUGUGAAGUACAACCGAGCUGAAACCCGACGAUUAGAAGAAGAGAGACUUCGAAAUUUGGCUGAGAACAGUGAAAAUCAACCGGUUUCGAUCAUGGAUAAUAUAAACGAAAUGUCCGAAAAUCAUGUGAAUCCGAUGAAUAUGGAGCUGAAUAUGGAUGCGGAAGAGAGCGUGAGUCAUGUGGUUCAUCAUGAAGAGGUUGUGGGCCAAAAUGAAGACGCUCCCCACACUUCAGAUCCAUCGGAAUAUCAAGGUCAUCAAAGCAUUCAAACGCUGAAACAAGUCAAACAAGAGGUCCUGAAUGAGCAAUGCGAGUAUCAGGAGGAAGUAGUAGCCACAAAGUCCCACUUCUCACAAGAAGGACAGAAUUCGUUGGAUCGGUUGUUCAGAAUGGACGUUCGAAAUAUUACUGGAGAUGUACUUUUACAUGUCUCAAAAUUGUUGAAUGUUCCGCCCCGAAAAGUCGCCGAAUUGGUCAAAGAACAUCACGAAGGUAGGAAAAGGAGAUUGGAAUUGAUUUUGAGGUCUUUUUUUCGUAUUGGGGAAACCGAAAAGUAUUAUUUUUCUUCGAUGCAAGUGUCGAAAUUAGGAUAAUCGAUGGUGCUAAUUUCGAAAAUGACAUUCAUUUUUUGAUCCUUAAUUUUCCUUUAAGCAGUACUGUAAAGUAAUAAUUUUCUUGAUUUUUUUUUAUAAAUACUCGAUUUGGGGGGUUUCGACCUUGCUGAUUUCGAAAAUCUUAUUCAUUUUUUUCUGAUUUGAAAGCAGCACCAUCGAAAACCCCCAAAUCAAGUAUUCAUGAAAAAAAAUCAAAAAAUUACUACUUUACAACGAUCAAAAAAAAUGAAUGUCAUUUUCGAAAUCAGCAGCCUCGAUUAUCCUAAUUUCGACACUUGCAUCGAAGAAAAAUAAUACUUUUCGGUUUCCCCAAUCGUCCAACUUCGAAAAAAGGCCACAAAAUCAAUUCCAAUGUCCUUUUCCUGUAAUACUUUUCUUUUUCCCGCCAUCGUCCUAGUUCCCUCUUUUUUUGGGAAAUUCUUGAAAUAUUUUCAAUUUUAGCCCAUGUUCCACAACCUCAAGUCCAACCUCCCUCCCAGCUCAAAAAAAUCAAACAAGAAAUCCUGGAAGAGCGUAAUCGACUGGUCGACGAUCUCCCACCGCCUCAAGCGGCCCCAAAUCCCCAGAAUUUCUCGCGAAAUCCGCCCAAUUUCGAGGAGCGGCCGAUUUCGGCUGAAAAUCAAAAUCCGCCAGAAGAGGAGGAAAAUGAUGGAUUCGUGGAGAGCCCAGUCUCCACGAGUGGCUCAAAUACCCCCACAAAUGAAGAGCGCCCACCGUCGACGCAUGUGGACACCACAAACUUGUACUUGGCCCUGGAAAAAGCGAAGAGAAUUGCCGAAGAGAGGGCCAGAACUCAGAGCCCCGACGAACAGUAUCCUAAUCUGCCGGGUUAUGGUGAUAUGGAGCUGGAUGUGGGCGAAUCUCCGAGCAAUUUCGCGAUCUCGGCCGCCGGAAAAAGGCCACGCCCACUUUCCGCCGAAAACAUCCCCGAGAAUCUGCGAUUUUGUGCCGCGGAUUUCGAACAAGUGGAUCAAUGGACAUCAUCGGCGGCAGGAUCUCGAUGUGAAUCCCGAAAUCAACCAGGUGCGGAGGGUUUUGACGGUCAGACAUCUGAUGCCAUGUAUAAUAUCGAAAAUGGUCCCGGAAUUGAACAAUAUGGCCCGAAUGGAUUCCAGGCCUCGACUGGAGCACAAAGAGGCCCUACCAGCUCGGAUCAGCCUCCAAACUACAUUAUCCGACCCGCAGGCCAAGUCCAACAUCGCCCGAAAAUCAUCAAAAAAGAAGCCAACGAAGAGAUGGAAAUGCCCGACGUGGUGUACGAAGAGGACAUCCCAAUCGAAGGAAAUGCCGAGAAUGUGGUCUACGCAGAAGAUGUCCCAUAUCAAGAAGAGAUUGGAAAUUUUCCGCCGGUGCAACACACUGGACGACCGUUUUUGUACGGACGAACCCCGCCCCUCAGCGGAGGGAAUUUGGUAGCCCCUCAGAGACGAGUUUUCGAGCCCGCAGACGCCCAUAUGAUCUAUGCAUCGGUGGGGUUUUUGCGAUUUUUUUGGAGAAAAACAAUUUUUUUUGGGUAUUUUUGGGAAAUUUAUGGGAUAAAGUGGAAUUUCUAUGGCGAAAAUUCAAUUUUGCAAACUUCUUGGUGAUUUUUUGCAGAAUUUUUUGCCCAAAUUUCAUUUUUUCAUCGAAUUUUUGGUUUUUAUUUUUUUCGUAUAAAAUGUCUCCCUUAUUACAAGGAAAGUACUUCUAUGGAGUGUGGAGUUACAGGUCGAGACAUGUAUCAAAAAAAUUGCAAAAUUUUUCUGAUUCAGAAUAUGUAAAAAUUAGCUGCCCAAUUUUGGUUUGUAAUGGUGAAAAAUCCUCAGAACUUGUCUCGAAACACCACGCAAAAGCCACUUUUGACCAAGUUUUUACCAAAUCAGAAACUUUAUUUUGAGCUCAAGUGAGCCCUGGCACCUUGACAAGCCUUAAAAUACAGUGGGGGACCUGACCUAGUGGCAAGAAAUGUACCAUUUUACAUCCGAGAAGUACCAAAAAUGUGGCAAAAUGCUUCCCUCUCCAAGUGAAAAAACUUCGUUUUGAAGGGCGCUUGUUUUUCCUCACAAAAAGAACUGGCGCGCUUUUGAAAUCUGAGUUUUUUUCCGCUUGGAGAGGGAGGUAUUUUGCCACAUUUUUGAUGCUUCCUGGAUGCAAAAUGUUACGUUUUUUGCCACUAGGUCAGGUCCCCCACUGUAUUUUAAGGCUUGUCAAGAUACCAGGGCUUACUUGAGCUCAAAACAAAACUUUUGAAUUGUUAAAAACUUGGUUAAAAGUGGCUUUUGCGUGCUCUUGCGAGAAAAGUUCUGAGGAUUUUUUCGCCCUUACAAACCAAAAUUGGGCAGCUAAUUUUUACAUAUUCUGAAUCAGAAAAAAUUUACGAAUUUUUUGAUAUAUGACUCGACCUGUAACUCCAUACCACAUAGAAGUACUUUCCUUGUGAAAAAACGACUUUUUUUUGGGUAUUUUUGGGAAAUUUAUGGGAUAAGGUGUGAUUUUUAUGGCGAAAAUUUAAUUUUUAUAAACUUUUUGGUGAUUUUUUGGCUGAAUUUUUGGCCGAAAUUUCAUUUUUUAAUCGAAUCGAAUUUUUGGAUUUUUUAAUUUUUUUCGUAUAAAAUGUCUCCCUUAUAAAAUUUCCCGUUUUUCAGGAUCAAGAAUCCGAGGCCUCCUCACAUUGCAGCAGCGGUCGUCAUCGCCAUAACCGCUCCAGAAGCCCGUCCAGAGGCCAUCAUCGAAGCCGACGAAGCCCCGAAAGACGACGAAGAAGGUCCAGAUCCCUCACGCUGAGCCCCAUAAGAAUCUCGUCUUCUCGUGGAUAUCUCCCGCGCGAUGAGAGACGACACCGCGGCCGAAGCCCCAGCCCGAAACGAAAAGGCGGCCGACGGUCGAAAUCGCCCGGAAAUUCGAAAAGAAAACACAAAGAAGCGCGCGAAGAGCCAGUGGAGGAUGACCUGGUGGCGGAGAGGUUGUCCCGGCUCCGAAAAGAAGCCGAAAAUGUCCCAGGAAGCUCGUUUCACAACAUGAAAAGGAAGGGUAAGGUAUUAGGGUGAACCAAAAUUUUUUUCCGAUUUUUUAUUUAAACUUUUUAAAGUUUAAAAACAUAAUUUACAACAAAUUUUUUGCGAUUUUUUGAAGGAGUUGUGUGUUUUCCCACAUUGAUUUUGAUUUUAUGUUGGCUUGAAUUAUGUUUUGCUUUGGAAUUGGCCUGAAAAUUGGACAGGAAGUGAUGGAUAUUAUCCAUGAUAGGUGAUAUAGUUUAGUAUAAAAAAUUUUUGUUUUUUUUGGUGGUUUUGGAUAGAAAAAGGUGUUGGAAAUGGUAGGAAAUUGAAGAAUAUUUCUUCUGAAAUAAUGAGAUAUAAAUUUUAGAGACUUUUUUACCGUAAAAACUCGGAUUUUUCCAAAAUUUAAGAGUUUUUUUGUCGAAUUUUGGAAAUGUUUGACCAAAUUGACUAAUAAAAGGCGAAUUUCUUUCCGGAAUAUAAAGAAAAUUUGUUCAAAAGUACUGAUAAAUUAUUAAUUGUAAAAGAAAACAUCUGAAUAUUUCGAAAAAUUGAGAUUUUUCGACCUUAUCCAUCCCUUUCUUGACCAAUUUUUAAAAAACUCAAAUUUCGCUUUCUUCUCCAGCCAACCGUCCUGUCCGACAUGUCCGUCAGGCCUCUGAAGACCUCCAGCUUCGCUCUCCCAUCAAGAAACGCCAUAUGGAAAUUCAUAUCAACCCUUCCAACUUGAAGAACAUUAUCCCAGAGCCGAUGGAAUGA